CCGGCGUGCAUCCACCCCCACAAAGUGGGCGACGAUCGAAUGAUGUCGUUUCCCCAAGCCCAGUCCAACUCCGCUGGACCGACCCCCUUCCCCCGUACCAAGGCGAUCGAGUCCUCUCCUUGGGAUGCUUUCGGAGCUUGCUCGCUUGUUCUCUCCUUUGCUGUAGGAAGCUGCAGUUGAUGCAAGUCUGUUGAAAGCAGAUAUCUUCUGCACAGGCCCUUGACUGAGAUUCGGAGAGAAUACCAGGCAGCCCGAGCAUCGCUUGGUAAUUCAUUCAAUCGUCCAUGCUUCAUUCAUAGACAUACGAAUAGGUGCCGUCAUCGAGCCCUGACUUGGCUGUUCCCUAUCCUCGAGGCUCCGCGCUGUCCGAAGCAUAUACCUGCUUUCUCUGCGUCUGACGUAUAUUACAUCUGUGCCUCAACGUCCGUCGCUGCCCGGCCACCAGACAGCACUCUGUCAUACACUCGUUCCCUCACACCAUGGCUCCAAACAACACAGUCCAGGACUCUGUGCAGGAUGCGUCAAUAUCCGACCCGGAACAGUUCUGGGACAAGCAUGCAAAAGAACUAUACUGGCAUAAACCAUACAGCGCCGUCUUGCGCCGACAGCCCAAGAAACUCAAGGACGGAAUCACGCAUCCACACUGGUCAUGGUUCCCGGACGGCGAGAUCAGCACGACGUACAAUUGCAUAGACCGCCAUGUCAAAGCCGGCAAUGGGGACAAAAUCGCCAUGAUCUGGGACAGUCCCGUGAGCGGGUCGAAAGAGAAGUACACAUACAGUCAAAUGUUGGACGAGGUGGAGGUUCUGGCCGGUGUUCUCAGAGAAGAAGGUGUCAAGAAGGGAGAUGUCGUGCUGAUCUACAUGCCGAUGAUACCAGCUGCCAUCUUUGGCAUGCUCGCGGCCGUCCGCCUGGGUGCCAUGCAUGCAGUGGUGUUUGGAGGAUUUGCCGCUGCUAGUCUAGCUCAGAGGAUCGAAGCUGCCAUGCCCAAGGUCAUUUUGACAGCCAGCUGUGCCAUUGAAGGGGCAAAGGGGCCCCUGGAGUAUAGGCCGUUCGUCGAAGGCGCGAUCGAGCAAAGCAGCUGGAAGCCGAGCAAAACCAUCAUCUGGGAACGAGAAAUCAAGAGAUGGGACCCUGUGAGGAAAGACGCAGGGCAGAGGAACUGGCAGCGUCUUGUCAAGAGCGCCCGGAACAGAGGUGUCAGAGCCGAGGCCGUUCCCGUCAAGAGCACAGACGGUCUCUACAUUAUCUAUACCAGCGGCACAACCGGUCUGCCCAAGGGGGUUCUCCGCGAAGCAGGUGGUCAUGCAGUCGGUCUCAAUUUCAGCAUCAAAUACCUGUUCGACGUCAAGGGACCUGGCGACAUCAUCUUCACCGGAAGCGAUAUCGGGUGGGUGGUCGGACAUUCAUACAUUGUCUAUGCACCUCUUCUAGCGGGGGCAACCACGGUCCUCUACGAAGGCAAACCCAUCGGCACACCUGAUGCAGGCGCAUUUUGGCGAAUGGUGGACGAGCACAAGGUCACAACACUGUUCACUGCUCCGACCGCACUCAGGGCCAUUCGGAAAGAAGACCCUGAGGACAAACUCUUUAAGCAAUUCGGUGAGAAGGGUCAGCUUAGACACUGGCGGGCACUUUUCCUUGCAGGGGAGAGAUCGGAACCCGCCAUCAUCACACAUUAUCAAGAGCUGCUGAGUAAGUACGCGGCUCCAGAUGCGAGAGUGAUUGACCAUUGGUGGUCCAGCGAGAGCGGUAGUCCCAUGACGGGCCUAGCCUUGCGCCCGGCCAUCGGGCAUGAUCACAACAGUCGCGAAGAGCACAAGGCCUUGGCUAUCAAGCCUGGCAGUGCCGGGAAACCGAUGCCCGGAUUCGACGUGCGCAUCGUCGACGACGAAGGCAAUGAAGUCGAACAAGGCAAGAUGGGAAAUAUUGUGCUCGCCAUGCCCUUGGCCCCCACGGGAUUUACUACGCUAUUCAAUGACGAUGAGCGGUUUUACAAGGGCUACUUGAGACGAUUUAACGGGAAAUGGCUAGAUACCGGAGACGCGGGAAUGAUCGAUCAGGAUGGAUAUCUGCACGUCAUGUCGAGAAGCGACGAUAUCAUCAAUGUGGCCGCACAUCGGUUCAGCACUGGCGCAAUCGAACAGGCCAUCACAUCCCACCCCUCCGUCGCCGAAGCAUGCGUUGUCGGCGUUCCCGACCCCAUGAAAGGACACUUGCCGUUCGCCUUUGUCAUUCCUUCUGCAACCACGCCCUCCGACCUUCCCGCCACGCCCUCUAAGGAAUUCUUCACCGGCAUCAACAACCUCGUACGAAAUCAAAUCGGUGCCAUCGCCUCAUUGGGUGGUAUCAUCCAAGGCAAAGGGAUGAUUCCCAAGACGAGGAGUGGCAAGACUCUACGGCGGGUAUUGAGAGAACUGGUGGAGAAUGCGGCCGAGGGACAAUAUGACAAGGAGGUCAAUGUUCCUGCGACGGUGGAGGACAAGGAGGUUGUCGAGGUGGCGAGGCAAAAGGUCAAGGAGUGGUUUGAGGAGAGGAAGAAACAGCAGGGGACGACCAAAGCCAAAUUAUAGGCUCACGAACUGAACUAUUGUGUGGGAAAGCGAGUGCACAUAUUACCCUCUACUGGCUGUCUUUCUAAGUCCCUAUUUAUACUUCUCUCGACGGGGUAGUUUCAAGCAAGAUGCAAUUUCUGGCCACCACCUGCUUUACGUAUCGGGUAGUCUCUGCGGGCCUUCCACCAAU